AUGGUCACAGUCCUCCUGCUGAAGCUCCACGCGUUCCCCCUUCCCACUGGCCUCCAGGUGACGCGGAGCAACGGCAACCUGGAUGGCAGUUACCACCUCCACCAUAGGAUUCCACAGCGGCCCAGACCAAAACAAGAUGGACUCCCAGCGGCUCCGCUACACGCUACACCUGCCUCUCAGCUGACGCAGACCAACGGCGGCCUACCUAGUCCACAGAAGGAUGGAGUCCCAGUCCCUGUUCCUGACAUCCAGUAUCCGGAAGAGAGAAGAGUUGCUGUUGCCCAGUCCAGGACCCAGCCCUUGCCUUUCCAGCACAGCCUACCCCUGGACUCUGCCUACCAGUACCACACUCCUGCUGGGUCUACUGGUGGUUCUGGGAACCCUGAGCACCACCACCACCACCACCACCACUACCAGGCCAGCUCUGGCCUCUCCUCCAGUCACAGCCACAGCAGCCUCCCCCUACCCCCAUCACUGGACUCCAGGGAUGAGUGGACCCAGGGCUCCCCUAGAGAGGAGUGGGCCAGCGAUGAAACCCUCAGCUACCGGGACCUGAACUACCCAGGUGAGCAGCAGAGGGUCAAAGUGUACGAGAUUCUCCGCCGUGGCCAGGAGGCCCAAAUGCUCUCUCAGAUGCACCGCGCUGAGAGGAGAGUCCCCUGGCCUCACCAUCACUCCACCGGUUACCUUGACGACAAGGCGGACAGAGUAUCGUCAUGGCACCACUCCACAGGUAAUCUCCAUGAUGACGACGGGUCCGAGUCCAUUGAGUCCACCUCUCUUCCUGGUUCAGACCCCGAGCCGUUCCUCCGACCCCCUGUUCGGCGAAUCAGCAGCCGGUUCCGCAGCCGUAUGUGCCGCAGCCUCGGAGCCGACCUGGACCAACUGUUCCCGGAGGACGUCGUCUCGGCACGGCACAACCGCCUCCUCCUCCUCUCCUCCAACCUCAGCAUCAGCCACUCCUUCUCCACCCCCACCUCACGCACAACCAGCUACAGAGACCUGAGGCGGGAGAUGCACUCCAGGGCUUCCAGUAACAAGAGCCUGAACGGAGCCUCCAACUCUGGCGGCCAUGACAGCGCCUACUUCCACCGCCACAAUCUGGUCCCCCUGGAGGCCAAGGAACAUGACUGGCUGGUGAAGGGCGCCGCUGGGACCUGGACCGACAUCUACACCCUCUUCAGAGAUGAACCCAGCCUCCUCGCCAAGAGAGACUUCAUCACUGGUUAUACCAUCCUGCACUGGAUCGCUAAACAUGGAGACCACCGGGUCCUCAACACACUCUGGUACGGAGUCAACAAAGCCGGGUUGAAACUGGACGUGGAUACUAAGACCACCUGUGGCUACACGCCUCUUCACCUGGCCGCCAUCCACGGGAACAAGAAGAUGAUCCGGCUGCUUGUUUAUAAGUUCAGGGCCAACGUGGCCCUCAGGGAUACCAGUGGGAAGAAGGCCUGGCAGUAUCUGGGCCAGACUGGACCCAAGGACCUGCUACAGAUGCUAGGGGCCCCUCACUGCUAG